AUGCGUGUCGCAGCCCGGAGUGAGCCCAAGCAGCUGUCUGGGCCGAUCCGCCUGAAGCAGGGAGACGUCAGGGGCUUCGUGCGCGCUGUGCUGGCGGACGCGCAGCGCGCACAAAUCCGGGCCAUGCCCUUGGCCAUCUGGCCGACCAUGAAUCUGGAGGAGACUGCUGCACUGACCCGGGCCCUAGCCAAGUCUGGGUAGCAGCUGGAGUGGCUGGAAGCCUGGUGCCAAUAGCCUGGGGACAAACAUGCCCUAGGCAGGGUCCUGGCCCCUCUCCUGGCUGCCUGUGGCUGCAAGCGUGCGCCAGUAAUCAGCAGAUGUGGCCUGGGGGACAUGGGGGGCACCUUGGAUAAACUGGAGUCUAUCUGUGGAUUCAGUCACCCAGACCCAGAGCACAGGUACAGGCGGGCCACUGAUUGGUCACUAAUCUGGGUUAUUGAUGGAAACACUGGCCAGAAUACAUCGGUCAAGGUUGCUGAUGAGUCCUUGGUCAGGGUCAGUGAUGGGGUCACUGGUCAGAGGCCAAUGAGGGUCCCUGGGAGUCCUAAUGCAGGGGAGGCUGGCCAGAUGCAAGGGCUGCCAGGGCGAGUGGGCUGCUAUAUUGUGGGUCAGAGCAGGAAGCUGAUUCCUGCAGAUGGACUCCCCUAUGAAGCAAGAGAUGUGACGGCCACCAUCAACAGCCUGCCACUCAUCACAGGUGACCUGGCCCCAGACUCCAGGGUCCACUUCCUGCAUGUUAAAGACCCCUGACUUAUGAACACACACAACCACAGGUGAUCUGACUCAAACCCAGGGUUAGCGUCCCACAUCACAGGCUGCCUGACCACCCACUCGAGAGGGUGACCUGACGGAUGCACCCAUCAUCCCAUCACACAGGAGACUUGACCUUCCAUGCUCAGGACCCCUGAGCCCUCGUGACCAACCUGAGGGUCAACAUCCCCACACCUCACAGGAAGCUCCAGGAUCUCCAUCUCCUCCACACCCCUUAGUCUCCCCCACACAGCCCUCAUCCUCAGUGAGAAGGCAAGGGACAGCCUGUUUGCUCUGACUGUACGCAGGAAGCCCCAGAGAGGCCAAGGCCGCCGUCCUCCCCAGCCAGGCACAGGCCCCGGAGCGGCGGCUGGAGCCCGUGUGGCUGCGGCCUCUCCGUUGGCAUCUCCUCAUGUGGCCCCAACCUCCCGUUCACAACGCGGGCAGCCCCGUCUCACCCUGCCUCUGCCGGGACCGGCCUCCCCGCUGGCAGUCCCCUCCCCCCUUCAACUCCCACCCAGUGACGUCAUCCGAGCAAGGCUGACCUGGCCUC